AUGGCGCUCAUACAAACCAGCCUCAUCUGGGUGGCCUACGCCGUCGCAGUGGCCAUCCUCUUCCUCAUCGCGUCCACAUUCGUCUACGUCUACCAGAAGCCGCGUGAUCGCGCCGCUGCCGUCACCAUUGUCUGCAUCUUCACCACACUUGCGCUGCUCGCGACCGUGUUGCUUAUCCCCGUGGAUGUGGCUCUCGUCUCAUCCACGUCGCGAUCGAGCCUCGGGCGCAAGAAGGACUGGGCCACACCCGACAAGGUCGACAGCAUCGUCUACACGCUGCGCAUCGUAUACUACACGCUCUACUCGCUUGAUGCGGUCCUCUGUCUCCUCGUUAUUCCUUUUACCUACUUCUGGUAUGAGGAAUACGACCAGGAUGCGGCCGAGCACGGAGAGCAGACGGCCGCCCAACGCAUCGGAGGUGCGCUCAAGUGGACGCUUGGCUUCCUCAUCUUCGUCGUGGCCAUUUUCCUCGUUGGCUUCUUCGUUCCCUUUGCGAAGCAGGCCAAGGAGGACAAACGCCUCGAUCUCGACUACUUCAAGCACCUGUUGUCAGAGAACCAUGGCGAACGCGCUCUAUCCUUUGGUCUUGGCUUCUUGAUCACAGUUGGCACCGUUCUUUUCGUCCUCUACACUGGUGCCGGAAUGGCGCUCCUUCCCGUGGCCAUGAUCAAGUCCGCGCCUUCCGUCUCAGCCCCCACCCUUGCCGCCAACACUGCAUCUCAGCUCGAGACUAACCGCGAGCGUCAAAGACAGCUUGAGGGCCGCAAUGAAGGCCGCGAGGGCGGACUCGACAGCAGGGACAGGCGAGAGCUGGAGGCGCUGGUACGUGAAGAGCGCACACUCAUCCGCCGCGAGCGCCUUGCUGCUGAGUCCAGCGGCGAGGACCGCCAUUGGAUCGUCAAGGCCUGGAUCAAGACUGAAGCCUUCUUCCGCCCCCUCAAGCUCAUUGGCGGCCUUAUCCUUCUCGUCUUUGCUCUCGUCAUCUUCGCUAGCAUGCUCAUCACUGGUAUUGACAAGGCCAAGAACUCCAUCUGCGGUGCUCACUGCGGCUACAUUCUUGGUCACAUCAACAUCUUCCAACCGCUCAACUGGGUCCUCGUCAAAUCAGCCAAGGUCUUUCCCAUUGACUAUGUUCUGUUCUUGCUCCUUGUUCUCUUCUUGUUUUCCGCCUCCGUUGUUGGCAUCGCCACUGCUGGCAUCCGCUUCCUGUGGGUUACCAUCUUCAAGAUCCGCAAGGGGCAGACUUCGCCACAGGCUCUUCUCAUGGCCACUGUGCUACUCACUCUCAUCACUCUCGCCAUCAACUACUCCGUCGCCAUGGUGGUUGCACCUCAAUAUGCCACCUGGGGUCCACAGACCUACUGUGACAUGAAGACCAACAGCCUAGAUGAGCAGCCCGACUGUGCUGAGCACAAAGACCUGAUCAAGCCCUGCAGCGAACUCGCCACCAACCCCGCCGCACAACAGGUCUGCACACCCUCAGUUCUCAGUACCUUCAUCAACCGGGUCACAAUCAACUUCCCCUUCUUUGGUAUUGUUCUCUUCUGGGCCCAGUUCGCCUUCCUUGGUGUUUACCUGAUUGUCUUCUUGACGACACUGUUCAAGGCACCAACGCUCGAUCAGGAGCAAAUUGAUCGUGACUUGGAAGAGGAAGAGGACGAAGGUCUACUGGCCAGCACGGGACGCAGGUUUGGUGCUGCCUGGAGUGACGUUACUGGACGGGCUACGAAGCCUGCCAACUAUGGAGCUACUGAGAGGGAUGAGAGGAUUCAGUAG